AUGCAGGGCCGUAUAGUGGGAGGCUACACUGCUGCACCAAACUCCAUCAAAUACAUUGUGUCACUGCAGAGCACCAGGGGCCAACACUUCUGUGGUGGAUCGUUGGUUCACAGGCACUGGGUGCUGACUGCUGCACACUGUAACAUAGGGGCAGAGCACAUGAUGAUAGUGGCGGGGGACUACAUCGUAAAUACCUUUGAGGGUACUGAGCAGUACGCUAAACCCUACAGGCUGGUCACACACCCCCUGUACAACAGGAGCACCAACAACGCCGACAUCAUGCUCAUUAAGUUACGAGCCCCCAUGGUGCUGAACAAAUACGUGUCCCUGGCACCUCUUCCCCGGCAGGGGACAGGUGUGGUCGAAGGCAGGGUGUGUCGGGUGUCUGGGUGGGGCUACAACAGUCUGUCUGGAGGACAUGCACCCUUCACCCUGAGGACGGUCACAGUUCCCAUUGUCUCGACUGCAAGGUGUAACAGCAGUGAUUCCUUUAAUGGAAACAUCACAGCAAACAUGAUCUGUGCUGGCUACAGGACUGGAGGAAAAGAUGCAUGCAAGGGAGACUCUGGCGGGCCGCUGGUGUGUGGGGGGCGUGUUUAUGGCGUGGUCUCUUGGGGCAAUGGCUGUGGUAAUGCUAAAUUUCCAGGAGUCUACACAUCUGUGUCCAAAUUCCGCCGCUGGAUAGACCAAGUCAUCUACGGUUCCUACUCACGCUGCACCAAAUACUGA